AUGGCAUCAAUUGGAGACGGUGCAACAACAUCAGACGAUGAAGAAUCCCUUGAAGAUGAAAAAACAAUAGGUGGAUCAUUUCGAAAUGGCGAAUUUCAAGGAAGACUUUUUAAAUGGACAAAUUAUUUACAUGGUUGGCAAGAAAGAUAUCUUAUAUUAAGACAUGGAUUUUUAAAUUAUUAUAAAAAUGAAUUUGAUAUUACUCUUGGUUGCCGUGGAGCUCUAUCUGUAAGACAAGCCAUUAUUCAGCGUCAUGAAUUCGAUGAUUGUCGUUUUGAUAUACGUGUCAGUGAUUCAGUCUGGUAUUUACGUGCACAAAAUCCUGAUGAUCGUGAACGAUGGAGACAAGCUUUAGAAGAUCAUAAACAAAUAUGUAAAAGUGAAUCUGGUUAUGGAAGUGAAACAAGUUUAAGACGUCAUCCAAGUCUUGGAUCAUUGGCAUCGACAGCCAGUGCUGGUGUUGCUUCAACUGGUUCAUUUAGAAAAGAUCGUAAUCUGAUAAUAAAAUUAAGUGAAUUAGAAACAUAUCGUGAAUUAUUAUCACAGCAAGUUGCAACAUUACAAACCUAUUUUGAUGCAUGUGCUAAUGCUGUAACAAAAGGUUUUGAACCAUAUCAAAAAGAAUAUGAGAAUGCAAAUGAUUUAGAUCUUGAAGAACCAUUGGAUAAAAAUUAUGCUAUGCCAGCUUUACAUGAUGAAACAGGCAAAAAUUCACCAUCAAAAUCAAAAAUCGAUCAAUUGGCACUUGUUGAUCAUGCAGCUAUGGCUGUUGAUUUUAAAGGCGAAGCUUUAACAUUUAAAGCAACUACAGAUGGUGUAAUACAUAACUUAACCUUUUGCAUUGAAUUAAUGCAAAAACGAGAAGAGGUUUGGAGAAAAAAAUAUGAAAAAGAAUCCGAACGUCGAAAAAGAUUUCAAGAUUUAUAUACUAAAAUAGUCAAACAAAAAAUUCCUGCACUCGGUUCACCCGAUGCUGAAGAAGGACCAUACAGUACAUUAAAUGAAGAUGAAUUUUACGAUGCACUUGAUCAAUCACUCGAUCGACUCGAUCGUGAAACUGACGAUUUACAAUUUUCACGUUGCAGAUAA